GUCGGGACCUCGACAUGUACGUUGGGCCUAUACUAUAUAUGAGUACCCCAGUGUGCAAGGGCAAGCAGGGAUCUCGGCGAUUAUCCAAUAAUCGAAGCGAGAAACGCAAGUGUGCUCAAGUAGGAACUAGGAAGAUCGAGCUGAGAGCGAGAGCGCUGUGCCUGGAAUAACGCAGAAGCACAGGAUAAGCAGGAAAGAAACUAAGAGCGCGAGAGCAAAUAUAGUCCAGUGCUGAAGACGGUCGUCGCCGCCGGCCGGCGAAAACCGUCUGAUGGAUGCUCAAGGGCAGAGGUGUGGUGCAGAAGCAGAAGCAGCACUGGAUGACGAGAACGAGUCCCUGAUAACAGAGAUACUCACAAUUCCUCUUCCAAAGCCGGUGGACACCAGCGUCCCCUGCCUGAUCUCAUGGGCCGGCGAUGACAUCGACCGCGGCGAUUACGAGCCAGGCCUGGUCCGCAUCGGCCCAUUCCACCGCCAAGACCCAACUCAACAAUCAGCCGACUGGAUGGAGCAGCAGAAGAAGCAGGUCCUCCGGGGCCUGCUGGUGAGCCGCGAGGAAGACGAAGCAGGGCGCCGAGAGGAGCUGCGGAGCUACCUGGAAGCCAUGGAGCGGGUCGAGCCCGACGCGCGGCGGUGCUACAACAGGACCUUCAGCUGGAUGAGCAGCAAGGAGUUCGCUCGCAUGCUGCUCCUGGACGGGUUCUUCCUCUACUCGCGCUUUGUCGUUGCCGGAGCCGGAGACGACGACAUUGCUGUUGACCGCGAUGUCGUCUUCCUCCUCGAGAACCAGAUUCCUUUCUUCGUCCUCGAGGAGAUCCACAGGCUGCUAACAAGACGUAGAAGAUCAGAGAAGGUUCUGCUGGCUGUUGUAGUACUUGAUAAGGUGGCCGGCCGUGUGGAACAGCUGCUCCGCCGCAAUGGCUACAGCAACAGCGCCGCAACGUCAUCGUCGUCUCCAACUCCUCCGUGCCACCUCCUUCAUCUUCUCUACAUGCACUUGAGUCCUACUACAUGUGCGCCGAAAAGGAUCGAGCUUCCUCAAGUGCAGCAUAACAAUGGGGAGUACAGGAUCAGAGUCCCAGUGCCGCAGGUCCGUUGGCGCACGGCGACGCAGUACGCCGCCGCCGGGGUGAGGCUCGUGAAGCGGAACCUCGACGGCGAGAAGGCGCGGUCCAUCCUGGACGUGGAGCUCACCGGAGAAGACACGCUCCAGGUCCCUUGCCUGACGGUGGACAGCAACACCUUGAGGAUGCUGCGGAACAUGGUGGCCAUGGAGCAGAAGAGCCUGCAGAAGGACAGGCGGACCUCCCACGUCACCGCCUACUGCCUCUUCAUCUCGCAGCUGGCGACCACGGAGGAGGACGUGGCGCUGCUCGUCUCCAAUGGCGUCAUCGUGCACCUGCUCCACAGCGACGAUGACGUCGCGGCGGGCCUCGCCGGCCUCUGCGACGGCGUCGUCAUCGAUGCCUAUGACCCAGACGGUAAUUACCUCAGGCCCAAGUACGAGGCACUGGAGAGGCUCAUCUCCGGCGACGGCAGUGGCGGAGGCCGGAGGAAGUACUCCAUGGCACGGCUCCGGCGACACGGCAAGCGCAGCAACUGCUUGAUGGCGCUCAUGGUCAUGGCAGCCGUGUUUCUCUUCCUAUGGACAGCGCAGCAAUCCGUGUUUGCGGCACUCAGAGCUGGCAAGGGAAGGUGUUGAUACACGUAUGUAGGCGAGCUUCAUCUUCUUCUAACAUUGUUGCAGGAUGUGCUGUUGGAUGCUUUAAACAUUCAUCAUGAUGUGGCUCCUCCUAAUUCCAGUUGCUUUGGAUGAUUCCCCUACCGGCUCGUCUACCCUCAAUCGUCUGCUCACCAUAUCCUGUGGAGAUUGGACCGCAAGGAACAUCAAGGUAUUCUCCAAUGAAAGGGUGUACAUCUUCCCCAAUCUUUACUUGUCAUCAUCGAUAGCUUAACGUUUCAGACUUUUAGAUUGAAAUGCAAUGUAAAGAGGAUAGCUGCCGACUUGUGGCGUGACUAUCUAUCCUCACUGAUGCAAAACUCUCUCACUCUGAAGUAAUAUAUUCAGAUGAGAAUUCUCUCUC